AAAUAAAUUAAAUUAAAAUUAAAAUUUCUUGCAACUUUGGUGACUAAUUUGGAAAUUUUGUUUGACCAAUCUUUUUUUUCUUUCAAAAGCAGAAAAAAAAAUAAAUCAGAUUAUUGAAAGAAAACAAGAUUCGUCGAUAACAUAAAAGAACGUCUCGAGGUGGACGUUAGCACAACUGAUUCUGAACCUCUCGAUCUGUCGUUUUGCUCUCUCCAAGCUCCAACCAUGGUCUUGUAACCGCGAAUCCAUCUCUCAUAUUUCUUCUCCGCCAAGCUUCUCAACCGUUCUUCAGUAUCUCAUUCACACAAAUUUCACCCUUCCUUAAGCUGAACAAACAAGAUUUCUCAUGGCGACGACAUCUGAAACUUCUCCCGCGACUCACGGAACUGGUCUCGAACCUCCGAGAUCCGACACACCCGGAGAUGCGCCUGACAACCAACUCCCUUCUGACCUCGCCGGCGUCUCAGCCGAGACCGGCUCUCAGAAACGCGGUCGUGGUCGUCCCCCAAAAUCCAAAUCCGACUCCCAGCCAAACGGCGCCGUUGCAGCUCAGCCGACAAGGGAACCAAGCGGUCGUCCGAGAAGAAACAGAGCUCCGGCGGCAGCUGUUCCGACGGCGGUUGUGAAAAGCGGUCGUGGUAGGCCAAAGAGGUCGAACACUCUGUCUGCGGCGGAGUCUGUGGUUGUGGGAUCUAGAAAGCGUGGGAGGCCGAAGAAAGAUGACGUGGCGGCUCCAGCUAAGAAACGCGGACGGAAACCUAAAAGUGAACACGUGGCUAAAAGGAGUGUGGGUAGGCCGAAGAAGGGAACAGGAGGUAGUACUGGGCAGGGAGCUGCAGACCUCAAGAAGAAAGCUUCACUCUUACAAAAGAAAGUGAAACAAGCUGCAGAGAAGUUGAAGAUAGCAGUUUCAGCAAUCAAGGAGGUCCAAGAGCUAGCGGCAGGAAUGUAGAAGCUGUGAUUUGACUUAUCUACAAAACGGAUAAUGGAGAAUAAUCUUUAUGCUGGUUUUUAAGGGAAAACAUUUGUUGAAGAAUUUAAGACCGGUUGUUUGAUUUUCAUUUUGGUUUGUUUGUACGUUCGUAGGGAUAUGGUACCAGAAGAGAAAACAGUUACUGUUAAUGGUUAGUAGCUUUUAUGACAAUAUCUUGCGUAGCUGCUACAUGGGAGAAAGACACACUUUUGCGUUAGAAAUGUUAGAACUCUUGCUUAUGAAUUGAAUUUCUUUGUCGUCCAGAUACAUUAUUAGUGUAACGAUAUUUGCUGAUUGUAGUCUGAAUUCAAGAAUAGCUAUUUUGGCUUAGUCAAUCAAGAAUCAUAUGAAAGUAGC